GCAAGGCUGGAUUCUGACAACUUUUGACCCACCAACUCUGGAACGCAAAUGUGGAACGCAUUUCGUUUAACAUCGAUGAGUUUUGUCGUUCCUCUUAUAUGACCAAGUCUUCGCCGUUGCCCGUCAGAGUUCGGUGGUCGACGAUUUCUAACACUCCCAUACUUCACAACCUCUGUCUGUAUUUGCAGACUUGGUUGCGUCUAUAAGAGAGGUUCAAUUGGAAGACGAGUCACUAAAAUUUCCUGCAGCCAAGCAAGAGAGAUCGGCAAUGUCUUCCUCUUCGCCCCUGUUCCGCCAUGUCUCCACCUGCAUCGUCAAGCCGCCGCCUCGCCCCCGCACACGGUGCCACCUCGCGGUUUGGGACCUAUCAAUGUUCAACGCCUCCUACAUCCAGAAGGGCCACCUCUUCUCCACCCACCUCCUGUCUCGCCUCACCAUCGCUGACGUCGUCGACCGCCUCAAGACCUCCCUCUCCACUGCUCUGCUCCACUUCUACCCCCUCGCCGGCCGCCUCGUUACCGAGGAAGCUGUUGACGAGCAGGGCAACGUGACGGGCAUCUACGUGUCCAUCGACUGCGAUGGCCAAGGUGCGGAGCUCACCCACGUCGUCGCCGAUGGCAUCACCGUCGCAGACGUGCUCGCGCCCUCGAGCGACGUGCCCUCCUUCGUCCGGUCUUUCUUCCGCCUCGACGGAGUCAUCAACUACGACGGCCACUCAGAGCCCCUGCUCGCGGUGCAGCUGACGGAGCUGGCGGACGGCUUCUUUGUUGGGUGCUCCUUCAAUCACGUCGUCGGCGACGGCACUUCCUACUGGCAGUUCUUCAACGCGUGGGCGGAGAUAGCUCGAGCCGACGGAGCUGCGGCCGAGAUGUCACAUCCUCCGGUGCACGACCGGUGGUUCAUCGAUGGCUCCGGGGGCCUUCCCAUCAAGCUUCCUUUCACGCGUCCCGACGAGUUCAUCGACAGGCCGACGCAGCCGCCUCUGUAUCGGGAACGGAUCUUCCACUUGUCGGCCGAGUCCAUCGCCCGCCUCAAGGCCAGAGCCAAUCUGGAAUGCGGCACGAGCUCCAUCUCCUCUUUCCAGUCCGUCGCGUCGCUGCUGUGGAGGUGCAUCACACGCGCCCGAGGCCUCCCGGCCGAGCAGACGACCCACUGCAGAGUGGCCACCCAGAACCGCGCGCGGCUACAGCCGCCGAUGUCACCCGACUACUUCGGCAACUCCAUCUACCCCUUACCGGCCGCGGCCACCGCGGGCGAGCUGCUGGCCCACGGCCUCGGCUGGGCCGCGCGCCUCAUCCACGAGACGGUGGCGGGGCAUACCGACACGGCCAUCCGGGAGAAGGUGGAGGCAUGGAUGGCAGCGCCGGUCGUGUACAAGAUGAACAUGUUCGACAAAUUCAGCGUGAUGAUGGGGAGCUCGCCGAGGUUCGACGUCUACGGGUGCAACUUCGGGUUGGGAAAGGCGGUGGCGGUGCGGAGCGGGACGGCGCACAAGUUCGAUGGCAAGGUGACCUUCUAUCCGGGGUGGGAGGGCGGGGGAAGCAUGGACUUGGAGAUUUGCCUGGAGCCGCCUUUUAUGAGUGCGUUCGAGGCAGACGAGGAGUUCAUGAGCGCCGUCAGCCCAUCACCGGAGCUUCAGUGGCUACAGGAUCUUGCCGACUCGCGAGAUGCUUGAGCAGUAAGUACACUGUUACAUUCCAAAUUCGAAGACUCGCGCAGCAAAGAGAUACCAUAAGUAUGAUGUUUGUAAUUCUGAUCUUGUUGGAAAAAAAAUCGAAAUAAUUUUUUUCCUA